CUUGCCCGCCAGGGAACUGCUGCGGUCGCACAGCGCGCGCGGGCCACCCGCUGGGCGCAGGCCCCGAGCCUUACGCCAUGUGCAGCCCCCAGGAGACGGCCCUUUUGCGGCUGGAGGAAGUCUUCUCAGCCACCCUCUCCCGCAUCAACAACCUCGUCCUCCAGCCCCUGCUCACGGCUGCCCCAGAGCCCUCGGACCCAGCGGGCAGAGAAUGUCUGCAGCUGCUGCAACAGCUGUACCAGAGCGCACAGCAGCUCUGGGAGGUGACGGAGGAGAGCCUGCAUGCACUGCGGGAGCGGCUACAAUGCCCAGCCACCAACGCCCUCGAGUCCCUGCCCCUGCUGCGCAGAGCUGACCGCAUCCUGCAGGUCCACGUGGAGUACAUCAAUGCCUACACAAACUGCGUGGUAGCCCAGGCCUUCCAGAAGACAGCCAAGAGGAGGAGCCAGCUCUGGCGGGGCCAGCGGAAGAUGCUGCGGCAGCUGGCGUGUGGGAGCGGCAGCUCGGAGGGUCCUGUGGGCUCGGCCCUGCUGCAGGCCCUGCGCCAGCCUCUCAGCCACCACGUGCAACAGUACGUCCUGCUUCUGCUCAGCCUUGGGGACACCAUCGAGGAGUGUAACCCGGCCCGUGAGUGGGUGGUACAUGCGGCCACCGCCUUCGGGAACCUCCAGUCCUUCAUGAGGCAGGCGCUGGACCAGGCUGUGGCCACACAGACCCUCUGGCCCACACUGAGCAGCCGGGCAAGGGAAGCCCUGUACAGUCCCACUCGCCGACUCCUGCAGGACAGCCAUGAAGUGCCGGUGGCUGUCAGCCCGCUGCGGGUGGACCGUGUGCUGCUCUUCCACGAUGCCCUCGUCCUCCUGCAGGGCCACCAUGUCCACUCCUUUGACCUGAAGCUGGUGUGGGUGGAUCCUGGGCCGGACCGGCACACGCUCCACCUCCUCACGCCCGAGGAAGAGUUCUUCUUCCAGGCCAAGGACCCACAGGGCCAGGCAGCCUGGCAGUGGAAGGUGACCCAGGCUGUAUGCCAGGCUCUAUGUGGGCAGAAGGACUUCCUGGUGCGGGGGGCAGGUGUGGAGCCCCCCGAGGCACCUGUCUGUCGCUGUGUGCCCUAUACCUUCCGUGCUGAGGGCCGACUCUGCCAGGCCACCUACGAGGGAGAAUGGUGCCAGGGCAAACCCCACGGCAAGGGCACCCUAAAGUGGCCGGAUGGGCGGAACCAUGUGGGGGACUUCUGCCGGGGCCUGGAGCAUGGCUUUGGCAUCCGCCUGGUGCCCCAGGCCUCCGAGGACAAGUUUGACUGUUACAAGUGCCACUGGCGGGAGGGCAGCAUGGACGGCUAUGGCAUCUGUGAGUACAGCACUGAUGAGGUGUACAAGGGCUACUUCCGAGAGGGCCUGAGGCACGGCUUCGGGGUUCUGGAGAGCGCCCCCCAGUCCCCUGAGCCCCACAGGUACACAGGCCACUGGGAGAGAGGCCAGAGGAGCGGCUAUGGCGUGGAGGAGGACGGGCACAGGGGCGAGCGCUAUAUUGGCAUGUGGCAAGUUGACCAGCGCCACGGCCCCGGCGUCAUGGUCACCCAGGCUGGCGUCUGCUACCAGGGCACCUUCCAGGCAGAUAAGAUGGUGGGCACAGGCGUCCUCCUCUCUGAAGAUGACUCCCUGUACGAGGGCACCUUCACCAGGGACCUGAGCCUCACGGGGAAGGGCAAGGUGACUUUCCCCAAUGGCUUCACCCUGGAGGGCUCCUUCGACAGUGGGUCAGGGAGAGGACUGCAUACUCAGGGAGUGCUGGACAUGGCCGCCCUCCCGCCCGACCCCAGCGGCAUCAGCAAGAGGCAGCUGGGCCUGGGCGCCUUCCCUGUGGAGAGCCGCUGGCAGGGCGUCUAUGGCCCCUUCCGGGACUUUGUGGGCGCCGGCUGCCCUGGGGAGCUGCAGGAGGCCCUGCUGGGCUUCCACAUGCCCAGCUCGAGGGAGCUGCGCCAGUCUCAGGAGUAUCUGAGCUGCGAGCGAACCUGCCCUGAGGACAGUGCAAGCAGGAUGGAGGACUUCCUAGAGGAGCUGCUGCAACACCGGGAGCCUGAGGCCCUGCAGCAGUUGCUUAGGAAGGCUCUGGGCAACUCGCUGCACCCCCUGGGGAAGCUGCUCCGGACCCUGAUGCUGACCUUCCAGGCCACGUACGCAGGCAUCGGGGCCAACAAGCAUCUGCAGGGGCUGGCCCAGGAGGAGGUGAAGCAGCAUGCCCGGGAGCUCUGGGCAGCCUACAGGAGUCUGCUGCAAGUCGCCCUGAGGCGCAAGGGCCAGGUCCUGGAGGAAGAAGAUGCAGAGACAAGGGACCAGCAAGUGCACAGAUGCGUGCUGCCUCUCGUGCUGCCCAGCUUCUACUCGGAGCUCUUCACGCUCUACCUGCUCCUGCACGAGCGCGAGGACGGGCGCUACAGCCAGGGCAUCGCCAGCCUCAGCCUCUUCCCCGACACCAAGCUGCUCGAGUUCCUGGACGUGCAGAAGCACCUGUGGCCCCUCAAGGACCUCACUCUGACGACCAAUCAGAGACACUCCCUGGUGCGGGACAAGUGCUUCCUGUCAGCCACUGAGUGUCUGCAGAAGAUCAUGACCACUGUGGACCCCCGGGAGAAGCUGGAGGUGCUAGAGAGGACCUAUGGGGAAAUCGAGGCCACCGUGUCGCGGGUGCUGGGCCAGGAGCACAAACUGCCCAUGGACGACCUGCUGCCUUUACUCAUCUACGUGGUGUCGCGCGCCCGAAUCCAGCAUCUGGGAGCCGAGAUCCAUUUGAUCCGUGACAUGAUGGACCCCAUCCACACGGGGGGCCUGUACGACUUCCUGCUCACUGCCCUGGAGUCCUGCUAUGAGCACAUCCAGAAGGAGGACAUGCGGCUGCACCACCUGCCAGGUCGCUGGGGCUGCAAGGAGCUCUGGUAGCUCCGAGUUCCUGGACAAGCUGCAGGACCGAGGGGCCGCCGUGGAGUGUCCCAGGGCCCCGGCUGGCCUGGCCUCACAGCCGGUGGGGGAGUCCGAGGGCAACAUGGACGCCUGGGCCUGCUCUUGCUGGAGCUGGGCAGGAGGCUUCUGGCAGCUCACGUCGCUGCUUCCCUGCCCUGAGUCCCGGGCGAGGGCUGUGGCCUCAGCUGCUGACUUCUUACCCUGGGUCGCCUCCCCUGUGACCUCUUCCUGAAGCAUCUCCCAGCCCCUGGGGCUGGUGAAAAGUGCUGAGCCUUGUUCUUAAACUAAUGGACCUCAAGUGGGCCCAGUGCGGCUAUGUGUAACAUGUUGGAUGGGUUUGCCUCUAUAUAGACCUUCUUGGAAGAAACAAGUUGA